AUGUCGCUGACUAUUCUUGACCUGCAGCAUCAGCAGCGCCACCAGGCUAGGAAUUUGCAAUGCUACGGGUGCCACCAGUCCUUCAAGACUUUCUCUGGCAUGUUGAUCCAUCUCGAGUCAGGCAGCUGUCCCUCCGGAACAGACAUUGAUGAUAUUAACCGUCUGGCUCGUCAGUGCUACCAGAGUCGCAAGUAUAUUGAUACAGCCGGCGAUUACAUUUGUCCUGCCUGUGAUAAGUUCUGCUCAAAGCUCUCUGGAUUAUUCCAGCAUGUUGAGGACUCCCUUGGCUGUUUGUACCUUAAAGAGGGUGGCCAGUGUCUAGCAAAGUUGGAGUAUUAUAUUUCUUGGAAUGUGAGGCGCUAG